ACUAAGAUGGCUAUGGAAAGCAGUCUCCAUGCAACAUAUAAUCAGUUGAUAUUAGAGAACGUAUGGGCGAACUUCAUCGGUGGAGAAGAAGCAACCACAAAAUCAACGUCUAAAUCCUGGGAAGAACUUCCAUGCCUUGAUGGAAUAGAGGUUUCUUCGAUGGGAGCCGAUGCCUGGGAGGGUCUUCUCGAUGGGAUCAUUCCUUCGGGUCAGUUCUGUAACCAUGGAACGAGCAAAGAUAAAAGCACCCGAGGUGUUAAAGAGAAGGCGGCCACGAGAUACUUCCGGGGAGUGAGACGAAGGCCGUGGGGAAAGUACGCGGCGGAGAUAAGGGAUUCGUCGAAGAGAGCUCGGGUGUGGCUCGGAACAUUUGAAACAGCCGAGGAAGCCGCCAUGGCGUACGACAAAGCUGCUUUGAGGAUUCGAGGCCCCAAAGCAUACCUUAACUUCCCACUGGAGAUGGUUCAUGGAGCUAUGGGAAUUGACGACAGAAAAGGCACUGAUCGAUUGGACCAUUGUUCGUCGAGUGCUGCUUAUCAAGGUGUUGGAAAUAAGCCAAAAAGGGAGGGUAGAGUCUGGGAGGAAAACGGUGAGAUCGAAGAGCCUAAACGAAAGAGACCGGCGACUGGUGAAGAGGAUGUGUUUGAGUUUCAGGAUUUGGGGAGUGAUUAUUUGGAGAGUUUAUUGUCUUCUUUUUAA